GUGGGUUAUCUUAUUGAGGUUUGUGUGACCAGGAAAGGUUCCUGUUUCUGAUCCUUUAAGAAGUUCUGGUUGAUGGAACAGUUUCUAAAUCUCAACACUUUAAAAAUAAUGAUCACAACAAACAAAACACGUCUGUUUUUACUCAGAAUGCCUUCUGAGGCUCAGGAGCCUCGGGACAGAGGACCGCCCCCUCCCGUCACGCGGGCAGGACGCAGUGCUCAGCUAGCCAAAGCUGUUGUUUCAAGCCCCGCCCCCGAGAGGCGGCCUCGUGGGCGGCCAAGGAAGGAUGGAGGCAACGGGCGCUCAGCUCCUCCCACCCCAUCUCCUCCUCUUCCUCCGCCUCCCCCGCCACCAAACUCCAAGAAGAAGGGCCGGAGCCGGGGGCGGGCUCAGGUGGAGGAUGAAGAAAGCACCGAUGCUGCGGAGAAGAGGCGGA